AUAGCUUUGUUGGAUAGAAGAAAAAUUGUGUAAUAUCUUACAAUGCUUUUGCGUGUUUAAAAUAUUUUAUUUCAAUGUCUUCAUGGGCUUGAAUAAAUAAAUAUUGAUACCAUUUUCUUCAGAAUUUUCUUCAGAAGAAAUUUAUAUGAAGAAUAAACAAAUAAAAGUCUGAUUAUCAGUGUUGAUGUAGUUGUGUAUUCAUUAUCAUAGCGCAAGUCGUUGGAAUGCAAAAUAUGCUAUGAGUUAUUUAUAACAAUCAUUCAGACUAUACGUACAGAAAAAAAAUCUCAUAUUUAAUGAAAACUGCUCUUUGCGUAAGUGCUGAACGUAACUAAGGAAUUUUAAUACUGAAUUUCGAUAUUAUCUUUGAGGAGGUUACAAGUAUAUCAUAUACAGGAAGAUGUCCAUUUCAUAAUUAACUUUUAAAGGAUAUACUACUUAAAAUUCUUGAGUAUAGAAGUGUGUCGGGAAAUAGAAAAGGAAAAGGGGAUUGAUUUAAGUAUGAUGGCAUUUGAGAGACAAGAUAAUACCCCGACGUAUGUUAACUUUCAAAUCCGUAAAGAAUUAGCCAAAGGAGAUAUGUUGAGAGGAGAUUAUAUUUACACAGAACAAGAACCGAGAACCAUGCAGCAACAGACACAAUACAGGGACCCUCCUCCUUACCCAGGACAUUCUAAACAAAUGUAUAACCAACAAGCAGGUUUGAGACAAAGUUUUUCAGGAAGUGAAACUAGUACAGAUGUAUCUGUGUCUUCUAUGGAAAAUUUAUCAACAACACAGAGACAAGAACCACAAGGGGAGGAAACACAAACUCCUACACAACAAACUUAUCAUCAGCCUGAAUUUAGUGAGAUGGGUUAUAGUAUAUUAGAAAGACUUGGGAUGCCAAAGACUGCAAUGGACUUUAUUCCGACUACAAAUCAGCCAUAUUAUAAUAUGUCAGGACAUCCACAACACUGUAUUCCGUACCCAACAGAUCCUAACGGAUAUCUAAACUGUCCGUCAUGUUCGGUUUCACAAUGGCAAACAAAUCCAAGUACAUAUAGUGGAAUUUGUACAGGAAUCAAACAUUCGUCAGUUAGUAGUGAAAAUGUGACGACUUUUUCGAAUGCUCCUAUUUAUUCUAGUCCUAGCUGGAAUAUAGAACAUUCUCCUAAUCAACUUCAGUCGAGUUACUUUGUAAAUUUACCUCCUCCUCCGGAGUACCCUGGUACAAAAGCUAAUGAACUCCGAAGGUCAUAUGAAACUGUAGAAAGAACAGAUAUGACAACAUGUCGAUCGCAGCCAGAUCUGUCUCGAUACAUGGAAGCUCAUAAUAAACAAAGUCACCAUGGAAGUGGACAUUUAAGUGUUGAACGUGGACACAACGACUUUGGAUCAAGGCUACCAGUACAAAAUGUCCUACUACCAGAAAUGGAAGAUUGUAGCGUCUUAACAGCAAGUACCACAAAAAUGUUAAAUAUGUUAACAGAUGAAAAUAAGAAACUUCGAGAGGACAUUAUCAGUUACCAUAGAAAAGUUGCCAUAUUACAAAAGUUUGAAUUGGAAAUUAAGAAAGUUCAUGAAGAUUAUGAAUCCUUAGUCCAAUCAUCAAGAAAAAGGGAAAAAUUAGAAAAUAUGAGGAAGAAACGAUAUGAAGAAGAAAUUAAGAAAUUGUACGCAUCCAAUAAGCAGUUACAAGAAAAAGUUACAUCAUCAGACACAACAUUUGAUGGGAAGUCAGAAAAGGAAGUACAGACAACACAAAAGAACUAUGAACUGGAAAUUGUAGCUCUGAAAGGAGAAGUUGAUGAAUGGAAAGACAAAAAUGGCAUUUUAGAUGAUGCCUUAACUAAUGCUCAAGCAAAUGUUGUUCAUUUGGAAAAAGAGUGCUGUAAAAAACAAGUACAGAUGGAGAGAUUAGAAAAUUUACAAAAGGCAUUUUCCUCAUUACAAGCAGCUUGUUCCAAAAGAGAACAAAUGGAAAAACAACUUCGAACACGAUUAGAAAAAGAAAAUGAAACGCUGAAACAACAAAUAAAGGGUAAAGAUCCCAAAACAAUAGAAAAGAAGUCAGAAGAAACUUUAGAUACCACAAAUCUAUCUUCUUUACAAAGAUUACUGAAUGAAAAAGAUGCAAAGAUAUUAGAACUCAAAACAGAAGUUAUAAAGUGGGAGCAAAAAUAUUUAGAAGAAAAUGCCUUGCGACAAUUUUCACUACAAAACAUGUACAGCAGUUCUAGUGACUCUAUAAACACAAUGGAGUUAGAGAAUGAGAAACGAGAGAAACUUCGUCAAAUGGAAGAAAUAGUUUACAACAAACAGCAGAUGCAAGAUCUAGAAGCAAAGGUGAAAGCACUUCAGACACAGCUUGCUGAGAAAGAUGCCAUGAUUCGUGUAUUUCAGCGAUCCCCAAUGAUGAGAAGUAGUAGUGUGCAUACUUUAUCUUGCUCUCCACAGCAUUCUCCUCGUCCUUCCAUGACAAGUUCACUCAGUCGCCAGUUUGAUAUGCCUUCCAGUAUAUAUGCAACAAUAAGACAUGUUAAAACAGGUAGUACAAGUGCAUUAGAAACAGGGAGAGCAAUGUCUCUAGAUGAUGAUUUGAAAGACAAGUUUGAUAGUAUCCACUUAGAGAAUAAAGAUGAUUCUUCUGAAGAGGAAGGAGAGAAAGUAUGGCAGGUGUGAACAAGGAGAGAUAGAAUGGCAGAUUUAUUUGAAAUCAAGAAUCAAGAUUCUUCUUGUUUUGUGGACAUUGGACUCAAAUUUCUUGAGGGCAUCUUUUAAAAUUAGUGCUAUAUCUGUUACUUGUAUUAAGACCUAUGGUUGUUAUUUUUAAGAAUAGUUUUGAUGUUGUUUCUUUUUUCGUAAGCAUAUUUUGUUUCGUCUGGGACUGCAAAUUUGUACUCUCAGUUAUAUUUUUUUGUAAAUAAGCUUAUGUAUUUGGAACAACAGACAAGUCUUGUAAACAUGCAAGACUUUAAUAAUUGAAAGUUUAGCAGGAUUCAUCUUAAGUCAUAGACAUCGAGUGUUUUCAAGGACUAGGUGACCUAUAAACUUUUAAUUACUGAAGACACUUUUGAAGUUUUUCGUUUCUUUUUUCUCUUUGGAAGUUGUGGUCUAUUAAAUUUUUGUAAGUUAAAUGCUGCUCCAUUAUCUGAAUUGAAUUAAAAAAGUAUGCAUCACUUAAAAAUUUGAGAUAAAGGAAAAAUCUUCAUUUUUUUUUUAGAGCUGUCAUGAUUUUAAUAUUCAUUUAAAAUAAUAAAAAAAAGAGCUAACCUGCUCUUAAAAUCAGGUAUCACCAUUUCAUAUGUCAUUUUAUAGGAAUGUUAAAUGCUUUAUUAGUUCAAUAUGUUUGAAAAACAAACUUUUUAAUCAUAGUUUAAAGCUAUUUUGAAUAUAAAUAUCAUUUUUCGGAGUCAGUUGUGAAAGGUUUUCCAUUUUGUGAAAGGGCCUUGAAUUUCAUAUCCUUACUUUCAUAGUCCUUUAUAUUUGAUGAAAUAUAGGGGGAAAUGUUUACAUGGUCUUACAUAAAAUAUAUUAUAUAAUAGGGGGGGAGUUUUCUUUCACACCAAAUUUAAUAUUAAUAUUCCAUGAAAUGACUUUAUCCUCAUAAUUUUAAUGAAAAAUAGCUCUGAUCUAACAUUAAAUUUUUUUUUAACAACUUCAAAUUAUUUUAUUUUGCCUGUAUUUUAUUUGUUAAAAAUAAAAUGGAAAUCCUUUCAUUUAAAUAUUCAUAUGAUCAAAACAAGGCAACUUCUGAUGUGAGUUUAAUAUGAAGGUUUUUGAAAACAUCAAAAUGACCUUUACCUCUUACCCACACAUAUUUACCCCCUUGGAAGUAAUAUUAUACAAAGUAUCAUAACCUAUACAAAGUAUCAUAACCUCUUCACAAGACGCACAAAAAAAAAAGAUCAUAAUUCUCUGUAUUUGACUUCAUAUAAAGAGCUUUGACUGAGGCAGUUGAUCUGCUUUCAGUAAUCAUCAUUGUAGACCAUACAUAUUUGAUUGCUUCUACUAAUAUCUUGUCAACUUUCUUCAUAUUAGAAUUCCAUAUUUAGAACAUAACCAAAUUAUGACUGCUAUGAUUUUAAGAGCCAUAAUGAUUCAGGCAGUUUUGUGUCUGACUUUGGCAGCUUUGUCGUUUGUUUGAAAUAAGUCAUGUCUAUUUUUGAUUCAAUUGACUUUGUUUGGUCGAAAUAUUAUUGUUUUUUACUGGUUAAUUUAUUGAAUGUAUGGAGAGAACAAAAUGACACCAUUGUCUUUCAGUGUGAGAGUUGCUAAGAGAGAUUCGGAUUAGAACUGGUGCAUUGCUAGAACCAAAUUGAUGUUAUCUAUGUAAAAGAAAGUGUUCAUAUGUUCAUUAUCAUAAUUUGUAUAUAGUCAACCUUUUGAGAUUAUUGUCAUAUGUUUAGAAGUGCAAUACUAGUUACAAUGGUGCUAUCAACAUGAAAUGUUAGACUUAUUAACAGAAUAUAAACAGUUGCUUGUUGUUUUUUUUUUUGAACAAAAGAGAAUUUUUUCAAGUUAGUUAUUUGUCAUUUUUUUCCAUUGCACAUUUUUACAUACAAAGGUAAUAAUUUUGUUACUUGCUUGAUAUUCUUCACAAUUUUGAUGUAAAAAAUUUUGACAGAAAGGCAAUCAAAAUUGCUGUCUUCAUAACUCGUGUUUUUUAACCAGCACUUGAUAGAUGACGAUGUACAUACUAUAUGUUAGAGAUGUUUACAUUUGAGCAUUUAACAGGGUACUCUGUUGUUUGAAUCUCUUAUUUGUUUUUUGUUGUUUUUUUGUUGUUGAUAUGCACGAUUAACUUGAGCAAACCUUGUUUUAGCAAUGUAUCCAAUAUUGAGUGUGAGAAGGGAGAUAAUUCAUUUUGAAAAUCCUGACUGGAGAAUAUUUCUCUUAGUCAUAUUUAUUUGUAAAUAUUUUUUAAAGUGCCAAUUUUGUAUGUAAACCAGCUGGACUGUGAUUUUUUAUUGUGUAAAAAUUGUAAAAUAUGAUGUCAAAAAUUAUCUAUGCAAAAUAAAACAUGAAAAUUGAA